AUGUUCCUGACUUGUGAAGGGACCUUCGGGAUUGUUCCAGCCACCAUGGAUUACAAUGGGGAAGUCAGGCCGGGGGAUCUUCAUGCCGGCUAUCAGGAAAUCGAAGGGAUAAACUUGGGAUACUUACAGAUCAAUGGCACACAGAUGUUUUCUUUGGCGCAGGUCCUCAGCGACCUGUUUAAGGAUAUCCCCAGGACCACCAUCAGCAAGAAGAUGGAAACCUUAAAGAUCAAGAGCCGACGCUGCGAUCUGAAAGAGCUCCGGACCCUCAAAGCCAUCAACUCGGUGCCCACCCGCGCGGUGAAAUGCUCGCUCAUCUCCAAGGCGGACCUGGAAGCUCUCUGCACCUCCUGCAAAAGCCUCAGUCCCCGGAGGAGGAAGAGGAAAAGGAAGAGCAAGAGGAGGGAGCAGCUGCUGCUGCCAGCCCCGGAGGGGCUCUUCCCCUGCCCCCGACCCCAGCUGCUCCCACCCUGCAGAGCCGGCGGCUGCUGCGCGCCCGCGGCCCCCGCCCUCCCCAAGCUGCCCCCCGCCUUCCCCAGGCCGCGCUCGGCUCUAGCCGCGCUGCUACCGCAGCCCUUCCAGCACAGGCCCUUCCCCGCCUUCGAGAAGCCCCACCGAGGCCGGAGGGGAUGCGGGCUGGCGGCCCGGGGGGGGCUUUUCUCCGGCGUCCUGGCCGGCUACCCCCGCGACCUGGCGCUGCUGCAUCCCACGGCCGCGCACCCCGCCACGCAGGCGGCCGUGCUUGCCCAGCCGGGCCGGCGCAAGCGGGGUCCCUGCUGCGCCAAGGGGCUCUUCCCGGCGAAGGGACCCGUCGUUCCCCGGAAAGGCCGCUCCUCUGCCUUCCCCGGCUCCAAGCGGCAGGGCACCUCGGUCAGCUACUCCAGCGACUCGGACUCCAGCCUGGACUUCGGCGGGUCCAGCCCCGCCACCUCCAGCGACUCGGAGGAGGAAGAGGAGGAGGAAGGGGACACGUCGUGCAGCAGCGAGGAAGGCAGCUCCUCGGAGUCGGAGAGCAGCUCCCUGUGCAGCGGGGAUUCGGUGCAGAGCACUCGGUACAGGCAGGCGGCUCUGCCCCGCUUCCAGCCGCAGUCCUCCCGGGAGUCCCUCGCUGAGGAGCGCCCCGCCGAGUCACCUCCGAGCGCAGGCAAAGCCCUGCGUCCCGACCCCAACCUCCUCUUCCUCUCGCAGCAGCUCUGGGCCAGGACUCUGCGAGCAUCAACUUUGGAAAGUUUGAGCCCGGCUCCAGCUCUGGGCUCGGGGACCCAGCCGCUGCCGGAGCUGUACGCAAAACAGGAUGCCUCCCCUUCCUCCUUCUCCUCCUCCCCUCCCUCCCAGAGCAGCACCCCUAGGGGGAUUCUGCAACAAAAGGAGGGAGGUUUUGGGGACGCGGAACCCUGCGCCAAAGGGAAGGAUUUGCACAAAGAUGUCUCGAACAAUAGAGCCUCGUUACGCCCCAGUGACCAGGCUGAGAGACAGAGCGGAGCUGUAGCCGAGCGAGCGCCUUCCCAAGAGCCGACCCUGGGCUCAGCCCCGCAGCCCCCGGCGCAGGAGCUGGCGGGAGGCCUCGGCCCGGAGCCCCCCGGGGCGGCAGGAGAGCCCCGGCGGGAGCACUUUGACCGGCUGAUCCGGCAAUCCAAGCUGUGGUGUUAUGCCAAAGGGUUCAACCUGGACGGGAAAGGUUUGCGGCACAGAGGGAGAACGAAGCCCUGUAAAGCUGCAGAGCUCAAAUCCCCCGCUUCCAAAAGAGCAGAGAGCCCCAACACCUUGUCAAACAAAGCUUUGAAAGACAAUGGCUCGGAAAGGAAUACCAAGCGCAGACGCCUUGCCAGAGGCGCUGAGACAGAAAGGCAACAGAGUUCCUCUAAAAGGAGGCCACAAAAGACUGCGAGGGGGGGUGCCGAAAAGGGAAACGCUCAUAGCAAACGCCUCGGCAGCGCCGGGCCAACCGCGCCUCGGAAUUCCUUCAGCCUCAUGGGCAGCUUCCCCUGUAUUCCCUCCCUGGUUGUGGGAGAAGAUGGGGACCUGUGUCCUGCUUCCUCCCUGGGGGGCAAAAACUCCUGGGCCCUCUCCAAAACUCACCCGCUGUGGAGCUGGCACCUGGGGGGCAACGCCAUCCCGGUGCCCCCCAGCCUCAAAUUCCGGGGCUAUAGCUUGGAGGAAAUCUAA